GAUGAAAUGUAAAAUACGAGGAUGUUUUCGUCAUUUCCUAAGUUGGAAAUACGAAGUUGAUAAAACCGAGAACAAAGGCCGAUGUCCAUUCUGCUCCAUCAGGCUGCAACACACACCUCUCUCUCUCCGAACAACUGCAUAUGGCUUCUUGAUUAUUGGUGCAAACAUUAUCUUGAGAAAACAUGACUUCAACCAAACCCCAUCAUUGGAUAUACCAAAUUAUUACCAAAGCUUGAUUUGAUUAUUAAUAUUGUUUCUUGAAGCAAAAACGAACUCCUAACAAAUCCAUUGCAUCAUUCAUCUUCUCUUCCUUCUUCUCCACUUCACCUCACUACCAAAUACAGGAACCCCCAUCUCAACCAUUCUCUCUCUCUCUCUCCCGAUUGAGAGGUUUAAGGGGGAGGUGAUCGAGUUGACGGACAUGCUUGAAACCAAGAAGCCCCUGAUCAGGAGCAGUGGUUUCUAUGUGAGGAUGAGGCUUCCGCAUAACGCGAGAAACAACAGGAAUCUACAGAAAAGCUUUUGCUACAGAUGUUUCAAAUGGAUUCUCUGGUUUUCAAUCUCCUUCUAUUUCUUCUCCUCUUUUCUCAUCACCAGCAAUAAGCCCACCCCCUCGUUGUCCAAAACCACCAUUUCCCAUUUCAGAGAAGCCCGUGCUCUCAUUGAAGAACAACCCCUCGACUCCUCCGCUGCCUUCCGCCACCACCUCAAGAACCCCGGCGAUUCAAACAUAUUGAAAGGGAUGAAGGUGUAUGUUUACGAUUUGCCAUCAAAAUACAACAGAGAUUGGCUGUCGAACGAGCGGUGCAGCAGCCAUCUGUUUGCUGCGGAGGUUGCUAUUCACGGGGCGUUGAUGAGCAGUGAAGCUAGAACGUUGGACCCGUGGGAGGCUGACUUCUUCUUUGUCCCUGUUUACGUCUCAUGCAAUUUCAGCAAAGUCAAUGGCUUCCCCGCCAUCGGCCACGCCCGCUCUCUCAUGGCGUCCGCCGUACGCCAUAUUUCGUCUCAGCUUCCGUUUUGGAACCACAGCCGCGGUUCUGACCAUGUUUUUGUCGCCACCCAUGAUUUUGGUUCUUGCUUUCACACCAUGGAGGACAUGGCGAUGGCAGAUGGGGUGCCUGAAUUUUUACGAAAUUCGAUAAUUUUGCAAACGUUUGGGGUGAAACACAAGCAUCCAUGUCAGGACGUGGAGAACGUAGUUAUUCCGCCGUACGUCUCCCCGGAAAGUGUACGCGCCACCCUUGAGAAGUCGCCGCUCGACGGCCGCCGUGACAUCUUCGCGUUUUUCCGGGGUAAAAUGGAAGUUCAUCCCAAGAACGUUAGCGGCCGUUUUUACAGCAAGCGGGUCAGGACAAUGAUAUGGCGGAGAUACGGGAACGACCGGAGGUUUUACCUCAAGAGGCACAGGUUUGCCGGUUACCAGUCAGAAAUCGCGCGGUCGAAGUUCUGUUUGUGCCCUACUGGGUGGGCCCCAUGGAGUCCGAGGCUAGUGGAGUCCGUGGCGCUGGGGUGUGUCCCGGUCAUCAUAGCGGAUGGUAUACGGUUGCCCUUCCCCUCCGCCGUGCCGUGGGCGGCGAUUUCCUUAACCGUGGCGGAGAAGGACGUGGACCAGCUGGGUAAAAUACUGGAACACGUGGCCGCUACGAAUCUCACCUCAAUACAGCGGAACCUCUGGGACCCAGAAGUGAGAAAGAGCCUACUAUUCUACGAUCCGAUGUUGGAAGGCGAUGCGACGUGGCAGGUUCUCGUGGCCCUAUCUGGGAAGCUAGACAGGUCCCACAAGAAGCCAAGGGUUUCCAUCCAAUGAUUGAUGUCCACGUGGCGGGUCCAGCUAAGGGUGGCGCUUUCCUUGACCUGUACAGCAUAUACGUAGUGGGAGACAGCUGGGAGUUAUUGGAUGCAUAUGUGUAUGGGGAAUUUGCUAGUGGGCCCACGCGAAGAGUGGCGGGAUUGUGUUGUUGUUGGCUAGGUAGUAUUGGGCGUCUGACGUGGCUAUAACGGAUUGGUUGCUUUGGGGCCUGGUGGGACAUCAUUGGUCGUAUGUUGUACAUAAAGAGUAUAUCUGUACAUGUGAGGAGGACCAAUUCUUUUUGGUUUUGUAAGUGGAGGAGCUGGGAUCUCAUGUCGAGGUCCACAUGGUCCGCAUCGCAUUACAAAGCUGCUGAUAGGACUGUAGGAGCAUUCAUUUGUUUUUUUAAAUAAUAAAAUAUUAGUAGUGGGGUACA